AUGGAGGAGUCCGGUGAGCCCCAGUUGGAUGCUAAGUCCAAGGUCACCAACCAGCUCAUAGAUUUUCAGUGGAAGCUGGGUAUGGCUGUGAGCUCUGACAGUUGCAGAUCCCUUAAGUAUCCUUAUGUGGCAGUGAUGCUGAAAGUGGCAGAUCAUUCAGGCCAAGUGAAGAACAAGUCCUUUGAAAUGACAAUCCCACAGUUUCAGAAUUUCUACAGACAAUUCAAGGAAAUUGCUGCAAUUAUUGAAACUGUGUGA